UGUUUGUGUAUCCAGCAGGAUGUAGAUAUGUAAUAGUUUGCAUAUAUUAAACCUUGUGACAAACUAUUUGUGGGACGUACUUAUUUGUUAACAAACUUGUGUAUGGCAAGUAACAAUUACAAAACAUAUCUUCAUUAAAUUUGCAUUAUUUGCAAAUUGCAAAAUAACUCAACUUUUGUUUAUUCUACUAUGAAAGGUUUUACAAAGCACUGUUAUCAAUUAAAUUCUUUACCCAAUAAUUGCCUACUUGCUCUUCAUUUUCACAAUAAAACUGGGACGCAACGACUAAUUUCUGUAAGACCUUAUUUAGGGUUGAAAAAUAUUGUUCGAAUUUCAUCACUCUCGGAUUUUAAUGAACUAAUUCCUUGAGAGAAUUCGAUGCCGAAAAAUAUAAAAAAACGAGGUUAAUUGUUGAAUCACAAGUUUUCACUUCGACUACUAAACUGUAAGUUCUGUGCAAAUUGGAAGUAAAGAAUUUUUUCUAUCUCCAAUCAACUGAAAAAUUCCCUAAAUUAUCUGAAUAAUCCCACAAAAAUGGAUUCCAACGGUUCGCACAAAUUGGAUUAUAAUUUAUUAGGGAGAUUUCUGGGAGCUGGUUCCUUCGGUUACGUUUUUAAGAAAAACAGCAGUGUUCCAACCGCAGUAAAAAUAAUCUUCAAAGAAGAAGUACAUCAGCAAGAACUAAAUCGUCAAAAUGAACCACACAACAGGGGAGAUGACGCCUUGUCAUUACUUCACGAAUACAAUAUUAUGGAAGAAUCAAAAACCAGUCAUCCCAACAUUGUCAGCAUUUUCAAAUGCGGAAAACUUGUCAUAACACUAAAUGAUAUUGGAGAACUGACAAAGGUUUCCGACACCAUUGACAACGAAGACGCUCAGGAGAAGCUAGAAUUAUUACUAAUUAAAGCAUCCCGUGGCACACCUUUCACUUUGUUUACUAUCGAAAUGGAACUAUGCGGACAAAACUUGAGAUCUUGGUUACACUCAAAUUCACACCGUAAGUAUGACUUACCCGAACUGAUUGUAGCCAUGACAAGACCAAUACCAGAAGAACGAUUUAAGGAUAUUGAGAAUUUGGUGUUUUCAACAAACGAAAACUACUAUUUCGUCCCAACACAGGUAGAAAUAUUACACUCUGUAACCUGCACUCAAGAGAUAGCAUCAAUUCUUGAAGCAGAUAACGGCACCAGAAAGUUAGUGAUAUCUCUCAUCAAUAACUCUUACGACGAAAUACUCGUAACAAAAAGUAAUAUUGAAUUAAUUGGAGAAAGUCAGGAAGGAGUUAUUAUUGCUGGCAUUAAAAUUGGCGCCAAUGCCAGUAAAGUUUCAAUCAUGAAUCUUUCCAUCGCCUUAGACCAUCAACUUCUCAUCGAAUAUGGCUCGAGUUACAACCUUGUCAAGAAUGUCAGAUUUCUCGGAGGCAGCAAUAAAAAUAGAAACAUCUGUGAAAUUAGGGGGACCCGAAACGUAGCGAAGCAAUUGUCCUUUGGUAAUGUUGCAGAAACUGCUAUAGGAACUUCCGGUUUUUACAACUCAUUCCAAGACGUCGUAAUUGAACGGGCUAACAUUGCAGUUCAUAUUAACGGGGAAGGAAUUCGGUUGAAGAAUGUCGUUUGCAAGGACUUCAUUGAAAAUGGGAUCACUACAUUCAAGUCAAAUUCCAUUUUGGAAGAUUGCGUAAUGCGUUCGAAGAGAAUUCCUAAAAUUACUUGCAAUUCGAGAGAUAUUACCAACGUGAACAUGAGCCCUUGCGGACUUUCUGGCUGGGCCGGAUGUGAUGGACUCUUCGCAGCCGGUUGUAUUUUUGAAGGGGUGCAGGUCAGAUAUAAUUGCGCGGUGCGGUUAGAAAAUGUUGCGUGUGGAAAGGUUACAUUACUUCAGGGAGAACGGAAUAAGGUUACGAAUUGUUGGGGUAACGUUUUUUAUGAUGUUUCGUCAUCAUCGGAAAUGAUUGAUUGUCAUUUUGGGGAGAUAUUUAAGGGGAGAAUUCCAGAAGAGAGGAUUGUUGUUGCAACUUCCAAGAUUGAAGAUUUUGCGUAAUUUUGACGUUUAAGCACAUCAGACUAAGGUUAGAACUUAUUUCAAAAUAGCGGGGAACCUGCAAUAGGAUUAGCGGUAGAACUUUGGCAAUUUUCUUGUACAUAUUAACUAAACUAUUUUUAAUAUGCGAUUAUGUUUUAUACCAGGAUAGCAUAUUUGUGACGCCUAAUUGUGCUCAAUUAUUUAGCUAAGCCUAUUUAUUAUAAAUUGUAAUGAACAAUUUUCAAAUCAGGAUCAGAUGCAAUUCAACACAUCAACUAGUUUCCGUCCAUUAUUAUCAGUCGCAAUCGUCGGAUAAUUUUUCUGAGAACCUAUUUGUCCAUAUAUAAUUUAAAUAAUUUCGUCAUUGGCAACAAUAGCAAAACCGUUGUUUAAUAAAAAGAAGAGGAUGGUGUACAACUUUCCGUUCACAAAAUUUUAUUCUACUGCUAGGUAACCUUUCAGAAUUUUUUGCGGCUAAGAAUACUGGACGAACAGUAGGUUUGAUUAGUUAGGUCGUUUACGAAAUACUUCGGUGUAUACAAUUAUUGUACUGGACCAGUGAGACAGGUGUAUGUCCAAUAAUUAGACCUCUUGAGCCACCUAAUGGGUCACGCGGCAACCUCAUUAAACAAUUUCAUGUCAAAGAAACUGUUCCAAGCCGUAUACAAAAUGCAAUGUUUUCAUGAAAAGUGCAAAAUAUGCUCGGAGGCAGAUUGAAAAGUUGGGUCAAGUCGAUAAGCACGGCAGCAGAUUUAACUUAGUGUCUGUAUUCAUUUCUCUUAAUGAAGUAGAAAUAACUAAUAGACAAGUUUGACAGGUAAUACAUUAAGACCUGCAAUGAGUAAAUAUAUAUUUUUAACAACAAUAAUAAAUUGUUAGUAAUUACAAAUACCAAAUAAUUAUUUUUUGUAAUUUAAUAAUUUUAAUAAUUUAAUAAUUUUAGUAAAUACUUAAAACUGUUCUCCAAAGGAAAGAGAGUUGGUAAUUUUUAAUUCAAAAUCAUUCUAAGAAUUAUUUAACAAAAUUCCGACGAAUUUUGAACACUUCUCACCCAAAUUGUAUCCAUGUUAUAUAUUUCGUGCAUGUAUACAAAAAACUUAUAUUUCAUAAAACUACAGAAAGAAUAAAUUAUUGCCUUCAUUAAGAUUAAAUAACUGCAACAUUAAGUUCAUUAUUAAUUUAUUUAAUGACUAACACAUAUAAAUGAACAUAAUUAGGUCAGUAGUAAGUGACAACAAAUAUAGAUAUUAUGUACGUAAUCAUAGUAUUUUAACAAUUUGUGACAAUAUGGAUCUUUACAUAUUAUAACUAAUAUAAUUAUCGCUUAUUUUGGAAGUAAUGAAUACCUAUUAAGAUGAUCAAUAAGAUAUAAGUUUUUGACAAUUUUUAUAAAUUAUAAUCCAUGAAUCUGUUUCAAUUAAUUUUCUUACUU